UAUGGGUAAGAACGUUGCCAUGAUGGCUGAUUCCACUUCCCGUUGGGCCGAAGCUUUGCGUGAAAUUUCCGGUCGUCUUGCAGAGAUGCCUGCCGAUUCCGGUUACCCCGCUUAUCUUGGUGCCCGUCUUGCUUCCUUCUACGAACGUGCUGGUAGAGCUACCUGUCUUGGUAACCCUAGCCGUGAAGGUAGUGUCACUGUUGUUGGUGCUGUUUCCCCACCUGGUGGUGAUUUCUCUGAUCCCGUGACUGCCUCUACCUUGGGUAUUGUUCAAGUCUUUUGGGGUCUUGAUAAAAAGUUGGCUCAACGUAAGCAUUUCCCUUCUGUGAACUGGAAUUUGUCUUACUCCAAGUACAUGAAGGUGUUGGAACCUUACUAUGAAAAGAACGAUCCUGAGUAUAUUCAUCUUCGUGACAAGUGUAAAGAGAUUCUUCAAAUGGAAGAGAAUCUUUCGGAAAUUGUUCAACUUGUCGGUAAAUCUGGUUUGAACGAAUCUGACAAGAUUACCUUGGAAGUUGCUCAAAUCAUCAAGGAUGAUUUCCUUCAACAAAACGGUUACAGUAAUUACGAUCGUUACUGUCCUUUCUUCAAGACCACCUGGAUGUUACGUAAUAUGAUUGGUUUCUAUGAUCGUGCUACACAUGCUGUUGAAUCUUCCAACAACCAAAUCACUUGGUCCAAGAUUCGUGAAUCCAUGGGUGAUAUCAUUUACAAGUUGUCUUCCAUGAAGUUUGAAGAUCCUGCCGAUGGUGAGGAUGUUCUUUGUGAAAAAUAUGCUGCUCUUUUCAAGGAAAUUGAGGCUAAAUUUAGCGACCUUGAAGCUUAAAUAAAAAUACAUAAUAAGGGAAUUCAAAUAUGACUUUGGGAAAGGGAGGAUGAAACGUUUAGUGAUACAAUUUUGAUUGGCCCAAUUUUUUUGUUGUUCAAUCUUU